AUGGUCGCCCAAGAAAUGAACGCUCUUCUCUACUCCGAGGCCCGAAAGUUCUCUGUCACCAAGGUCCCCGUCCCCGAGAUCGGCGACAACGAGGUCCUCCUCAAGGUCGACAUCUGUGGUGUUUGUGGUACCGACCAGCACAUCCACGAAGGUGAAUUCAUCGCCAAGUUCCCCUUGAUUCCCGGCCACGAGGCCGUCGGCAAGGUCGUCUCCAUGGGCAAGAACGUCACUGGUUUCGAGAUUGGUGACCGAGUCGCUGCCGAUGUCGGAGAAACCUGUUCCCACUGCCACUACUGCCGAAAGGGCACUGAGCUUUUCUGUGAAAACUUCAGCCCUGCCGGUGUCGCCCGUGACGGUGGUUUCGCCGACUACAUCAAGUACAACUUUGCCAAGUGCUACAAGAUCAAGAACCUUUCCGACGAGGAGGCAACCCUUCUUGAGCCCGCUUCUUGUGCCAUCCACGGUAUGGACAAGCUCCAGAUGCCCUUCGGUGCCAAGGUCCUUUUGAUCGGUGCCGGUCCUACCGGUCUUAUCUUGGCCCAGCUCAUGAGGCUCGGUGGUGCUUCUCACGUCACUAUCGCCGCCAACAAGGGUCUCAAGAUGGACCUCGCCCGAAAGGUCGACGCCGCCGACUCUUACAUUGACCUCGACCGAAACGACGCCGCCAACCAGUGGGCCCAGAUCAAGAAGGACAACCCUUACGGUUUCGACGUUGUGGCUGAGUGCACCGGUGUUGAGAGCAUUGUGAACGACGCCAUCAACUAUGUCACCCGAGGUGGUACCCUCUUGGUCUACGGAGUCUACGCCGACAAGGCCAGGGUCCCCGACUGGAGCCCCACCGACAUCUUUGUCAACGAGAAGCGAAUCAUCGGUUCCUUCUCCCAGACUUACUGUUUCCCCCGAGCCAUCGACCUCCUCGACUCUGGCAAGAUCCGUACCACCGGUAUGGUCACCGACGUCUUCAAGCUCGCCGACUACCAGGCCGCCCUCGACAAGAUGGCUUCCAGGCAGGCUUUGAAGAUUGCCAUCAGGCCAUAA